ACAACAAAUCGAAACCACAAGCAAAAUAUUAAAACUACUGUCAUCAAGCAUGACAACUAUAAAUAGAGACCCAAACUAUACACAGUCAUUAGUGCCAAUACGGAAACCACCGAAAAGAGAUUGCAAGGAAAUUCGCAAACGGUUGUAAGUCUUCAAUUUGAGGCACCAAAAAAAUACAUAACUUUUAAAAAAACGAAAAGUUUGUUUUUAAUAUCGCAAAAUAUCAUAAUGGCUGACAGAAAAAAUUUAUUGCUGUUGUUCGAACGUCCCAAUGAACCUGUGUUUAUGGAAAAGGGCGAAACCAUUACUGUCUUUGAUAUACCAGACAAGUUUUUAACCGAUCGUUAUCGCCCAAUUGGUAAUGAGGUGCAAAGCCGUUUUGGAGAAAAAGCUGAGAAACGAAUUCCCGUACGUGAUAUUUCCCUGCCUGACUUACGCAUACCCAUGUCCUUAGGUCGUGAAGAACAAUUCUCGUUGUUCAUUCCACGCCACAGACGUAUUGCUGGACGUUUGAUUGACAUUUUCAUGGGAUUGCGCUCAAUUGAUGAUUUGCAAAGUGUAGCUGUUUAUGCUCGUGAUCGUUUGAAUCCUUUCCUCUUUAAUUAUGCCCUCUCAGUGGCAAUGCUGCAUCGACCUGAUACCAAGGGUUUGGAUUUGCCUUCAUUUGCUCAAAAUUUCCCCGAAAAGUAUGUCGACUCUCAAGUAUUUCGUCAAGUGAGAGAAGAAGCCACUGUUGUUUCGGAAGGUUCUCGUAUGCCAAUUGUGAUACCUAGAGACUACACUGCCUCUGACUUGGAGCCGGAGCACCGCUUGUGGUAUUUCCGUGAAGAUUUGGGUAUCAAUUUACAUCACUGGCAUUGGCAUUUGGUGUAUCCUUUCGAAGCUGGUGAUCGUUCAAUUGUAAAUAAGGAUCGUCGUGGAGAAUUAUUUUACUAUAUGCAUCAGCAGAUUGUGGCUCGUUACAAUAUGGAGCGUUUCAGUAACAAUUUGGCUCGUGUUGCCAGAUACAAUAAUUUCCGCGAACCCAUUGCUGAGGGUUAUUUCCCAAAAAUGGAUUCCCUCGUUGCCAGUCGUGCCUGGCCACCACGUUUCGAAAACACCACUAUUUCCGAUUUGGACCGUGAAUUGGAUCAAAUUAAAUUGGAUGUUUCUGAUAUGGAAAGAUGGCGUUCCCGCAUUUACGAUGCCAUAAAUCAAGGUUUUGUUGUCGAUGAAAGUGGUAAUCGCAUUAAUUUGGACGAACAACGUGGUAUUGAUAUUUUGGGUAAUAUUAUGGAAUCUUCAAUUGUCUCUCCAAAUAGGUCAUUGUAUGGUGACCUACACAACAUGGGUCACGUAUUCAUUUCGUAUGCCCACGAUCCUGAUCAUCGUCACUUAGAAUCAUUUGGAGUAAUGGGUGAUGCAGCUACUGCUAUGCGUGAUCCUGUUUUCUACAAAUGGCAUGCUUAUAUCGAUGAGAUAUUCCAGGAACACAAAAUUCGCUUGCCUUCAUAUAAUCUGCCACAACUGCAAUUUGAUGGUGUAACUAUUUCCGGUGUUCAGGUGGUAGCCGAUGGUGGCCGUCCAAAUAUUUUAUCCACAUUUUGGCAACAAUCUGAUGUGGAUCUAUCUAGAGGUAUGGAUUUCGUACCUAGAGGCAAUGUCUUUGCACGUUUUACUCAUUUGCAACAUGCUCCCUUUACAUAUACCAUCAAUGUGAAUAACGACAGUGGAGCUCAACGUUUCGGUACAGUACGUAUAUUUUUGGGACCCAAGACCGACGAGAGAGGACAGCAGAUGUUGUUGAGAGUUCAACGUUUGUUGAUGGUCGAAUUGGAUAAAUUUGUUGUAGCGUUGAAUCCUGGUCAAAAUACCAUUCGUCGUCGCUCUACUGAUUCCAGUGUUACCAUACCAUUCGAACGUACUUUCCGUAACUUGGAUGCGAAUCGUCCUAAUGCUGGUGCUCCCGAAGAGUUGGAAUUCAAUUUCUGUGGUUGUGGUUGGCCCCAACACAUGUUAAUACCCAAGGGUCUUCCCGAAGGAUUGCCCUGUGAAUUGUUUGUUAUGGUCUCCAACUAUGAAGAUGAUCGUGUUGAUCAACAACUGGUUGGUGCUUGCACUGAUGCUGCUUCAUACUGCGGUGUUCGUGAUCGCCUCUAUCCUGAUCGUCGUCCCAUGGGUUAUCCAUUCGAUCGUUUGCCUCGCCAAGGAGCUGAUAGUCUGAUCAAUUUCCUGACUCCCAACAUGAGUAUUGUAGAUGUUGUUAUACGUCACGAUCCCAACAGAGUUGUUCAACGCCAAAAUUAAUUGAACGCAUUUGGAAAUUAGAUUUCUCAUAGAUUGUUAAGAGUAAAUGUAUUUCUUCUUAUAUAUACAAAUUUAAGUGUUAGCUAAAAUUUUGUGUAAUGAGUAAAUUAAUUAUAAAUGUUAGUAUAAAUUAUUCAACAGCUCGUAAAUUGUAAAUUAAAUAAAUAUGAAGGAAUUUUAUAAAAAAUAAAUUAAUUACUUUAAUAAAGGAAA